AUGCCCGUCUCAUUGUCCCCACGAAAACUUGUAAACGCCAACGGCAGUUUCGGCGACGAGUAUCUCGGCGAGAAUGGAGAGUUCAACGCCUUGGUCACGCUUCGUCCACACGAGGUGCUCCAGCUUCAGCAGAAAACAACAGAUUUUGUUUGUGGAGUGGUUUCUGGUGGCAGAAAAAUGUGCCUACUGCUGUUGGGAUGCUCUGCUCAUACGCUUCCUGAGAAGCUUGAGGUUACGAGACUGAGACACUUGUGCUGGCUCGUGGAGGAAGAGAGAAUGUAUCCACUGUGGUUUGCAAGACAACGCAGCUUGGUGAAAUUGUUGCUGGACUACCAGUACUUUUGGCGGCAGGCGAAUGGCGAAGAAGAAGAAGAAGAAGAAUUGGCUGAUUUGAGGUCUACAACGUGCUCGAAGGAGUCCUGCGACUUACUGAGCAAACAGAACAGGGUGCUGUUGAAAAGGGCUUUUGUUAGCAAGAUCCUGAAGCAUCUGGGAAGGAAAAUGGCUGACUUCGUGGCCUGUCUUCACCUCCGGUUGCGGGGGAUCCAGAACGAGUCUGAUCGACUUCACGAAUUGAGAGAGCGACUUCAUCACCACCUUUCGCCAAUCUAA